UCGAGGAAGCGGGCACGAUGGCCGCUCUCCUGCUGCUACCCCUGCUGCUGCUGCCGCUGCUGCUGCUAAAGCUGCGCCUAUGGCCGCAGUUGCGCUGGCUCGCGGCAGACUUGGCCUUCUCGGUGCGCGCCCUACGCUGCAAACGGGCCCUUCGAGCGCGCGCCCUGGCCGCGGCUGCCGCCGACCCGGAAGGUCCCGAGGGGGGCUGCAGCCUGGCCUGGCGCCUCGCGCAGCUGGCCCGGCAGCGCCCCGCGCACACCUUUCUCAUUCACGGCGCGCAACGCUUUAGCUACGCGGAGGCCGAGCGCCAAAGCAACCGGGCUGCGCGCGCCUUCCUGCGCGCGCGAGGCUGGGACGGGGGAUCCGGCGGCGGCGACAACGGGGCGGGGGGCGCCGGGGAAGGCGAGCGGGCGGUGCACGGCGUACGAGACGCGGCGGCCGGAAGCGGAGCGGCGCGGCCCGUGCGGGAAGGGGAUGGCGCGGCCCCUCUGGCACCUGGGGCCACCGUGGCGCUGUUGCUCCCCGCCUGCCCAGAGUUCCUGUGGCUCUGGUUCGGGCUGGCCAAGGCCGGCCUGCGUGUGGCCUUUGUGCCCACCGCUCUGCGCCGGGGUCCCCUACUGCACUGUCUCCGCAGCUGCGGCGCCCGCGCGCUCGUGCUGGCGCCAGAGUUCCUGGAGUCCCUGGAGCCUGACCUGCCGGCCCUGAGAGCCAUGGGGCUCCACCUGUGGGCUGCGGGCUCUGAAACCCAUCUUGCUGGAAUCACCGAUUUUCUGGCUGAGGCCUCCGCUGAAGUGGAUGGGCCAGUGCCCGGGUACCUGUCUGCCCCCCAGAACAUAAUGGACACGUGCCUGUAUAUCUUCACCUCUGGCACCACAGGCCUCCCCAAGGCUGCUCGGAUCAGUCAUCUGAAGGUCCUGCAAUGCCAAGGAUUCUACCAGCUGUGUGGCGCCCACCAGGAGGAUGUGAUCUACCUCGCCCUCCCACUCUACCACAUGUCUGGCUCCCUGUUGGGCAUCGUGGGAUGCUUGGGCAUUGGGGCCACAGUGGUGCUGAAGUCCAAGUUCUCAGCUGGUCAGUUCUGGGAGGACUGCCAGCAGCACGGGGUGACGGUGUUCCAGUACAUUGGGGAAUUAUGCCGAUACCUUGUCAACCAGCCCCCGAACAAGGCAGAACAUGGACAUAAGGUCCGGCUGGUGGUGGGCAGCGGGCUGCGACCGGACACCUGGGAGCGCUUUGUGCGGCGCUUCGGGCCCCUGCAGGUGCUGGAGACGUAUGGACUGACAGAGGGCAACGUGGCCACUUUCAACUACACAGGACAGCGGGGUGCUGUGGGGCGCGCCUCCUGGCUUUACAAGCAUGUCUUCCCCUUCUCUUUGAUUCGCUAUGAUGUCACCACAGGGGAGCCGAUUCGGAACACCCAGGGGCUCUGUGUGGCCACAUCUCCAGGUGAGCCAGGGCUGCUGGUGGCCCCCGUGAACCAGCAGUCACCAUUCCUGGGCUAUGCUGGGGGGCCAGAGCUGGCCCGGGGAAAGCUACUGAAGGAUGUCUUCCAGCCAGGGGAUGUUUUCUUCAACACUGGGGACCUGUUGGUUUGUGAUGACCAAGGCUUUCUUCGCUUCCACGAUCGUACUGGAGACACCUUCAGGUGGAAGGGGGAGAAUGUGGCCACGACCGAGGUGGCUGAGGCCUUGGAGGCCCUGGAUUUUCUUCAGGAGGUGAACGUCUACGGAGUCACUGUGCCAGGGCACGAAGGCAGAGCUGGGAUGGCAGCCCUGGUUCUGCGUCCCCCUCACUCUUUGGACCUUGUGCAGCUCUACGUCUGUGUUUCUGAGAACUUGCCACCUUAUGCCCGGCCUCGAUUCCUAAGGCUUCAGGAGUCACUGGCCACCACAGAGACCUUCAAGCAGCAGAAGGUUCGGAUGGCAAAGGAGGGCUUUGACCCAAGCGCACUGUCCGAUCCCCUCUACAUUCUGGACCAGGCUGGGGGCGCCUACCUGCCCCUCACACCUGCCCGGUACAGUGCCCUCCUGGCCGGGGACCUUCGCAUCUGAGAGCCUCCACACCAGUGUGCCUGAGGGAGGGACUUUGUGGGGUGGGGUUAUUGCAGGUGGAUCAGCUGCUGUCAGGGAUCUCUUCU